AGCAGGUGUCGAGCUGAAAGAUCGGAGUCACUUUCCUGGCCGGUGGGGAUUGGGGGGGAACCACAACCGUUGCACUGCCCUUCUGGAAGGAAAUCAGCAUGUCCCUGACGCCCGUAUCCGAAGUCUAUCGUCGCAGCCAGUCAUCCGAGCUGAGCAGCCCGGUUUCAAAAACAAAGUCGGGCAAGUCGGCGACCGCCAGUUUUCCCCCCAUACAUAGGGUUAGGUGCAGACAGCGACCCAGCGAAAGGGCGGUGGAUUCCAUCCCAGUUGCCAGGUGUGGCUGCAUGAUCUGCAUGACACUGGCUGACAUCUGGGCCAGUCAGUGCAGGCCCAAUGUCAACCAAGACUUUGCGGCUCGGAGGGAAAUGGGCCGCUCGUCGCCAGGCUGGAUGGUGGUUGGCAGUUGGCAUGGGCGUUCGAAGGGCCGUGGAAGGGGCGCAAUACGGGGUUCGCCAUGGACACGUGUGGUGGGCUGUCCGUGUUCCCCUUUCCUGGCUCCCCACCCAUCGCUAUACUAUCGCUACUAUUGCAUUCCGAGACGCCGUAGAUUCCGGGCUUGAGCGAGACGACCGUAGUCAUGGUAUUGAUCUCGAGUACGAGAUGCAAUCCAUCAAUCGAUGGGGAUUUUCCGAUCAUGCCGUCAUGAAGGAUCGGCCCCGGUACUACUAG